AUGUCUGGCGCAGCUUCAGGAUCUGCGACAACCUCAAAAGCCAUCGUCGGCGAGUCCAACAACAGCGAAACUGCCAAAGACCAGCAGAAGCCGGCGGCGACGCUCGAAGAGGACGAUGAGUUCGAAGACUUUCCCGUCGAAGACUGGCCACAGGAAGAUACCGAGCUACCAAGCGGCAACACACAUCUAUGGGAGGAGAGCUGGGACGAUGACGAUACAACUGAUGACUUCUCCACGCAACUGAAGGAGGAAGUGAGCAAAGUAAACGGGUCGAAGCGCGGUUGA